AUGCUUCCCACGCGUCGUGUGUCAGAUGCAGAACCUGAAGGUACCGACGGUCAAGUCACUUGGGCGGGCAGAUUGCGACAUUUCACAUGGGCCUGGUUCACUCUGACUAUGGCCACUGGCGGCUUCGCUACACUUCUCAGUGUGCAACCCCACUCCUUCAGGGGACUGAAGACAAUUGGAGCUGUGGUCUACAUCUUUGACCUUGUGCUCUUUGUGUUCCUGGUUACUAGUAUCUCUGCUCGCUUUGUCAUGUACCCUGGGUCUCUGACUAAAUCACUCAGACAUCCUUCUGAAGCAUUGUUCUUCCCAACAUUCUGGCUGUCGUUGCCAACCAUUAUCGGUGGCAUGAACAACUACGGCGUAGCCAAGACAGGUCCUUGGCUGAUCGUGACUCUACGGGUCUCCUUUUGGCUAUACUGUGCUUGUACUCUGCUGCUAGCUAUCGGUCAAUACUGCUACCUGUUCAUGAACAAGACACUGCUCGUGAAAAGCAUGACUCCCUCGUGGAUCUUACCAAUUUUCCCUGUGAUGCUGACAGGCACCUUGGCUAGCAUUCUGGCGUCGAACCAACCUCCAGAUCAAAGACUACCGAUGAUUGUUGCUGGAGUAGCGGCGCAGGGUCUCGGUUGGACAGUGGCUGUUAUGCUUUAUUCUGUAUGUUUAGUAAGGCUCUUCGAGUAUGGCUUGCCGGUUCCUAAUUCAAGGCCGGGUAUGUUCAUCUGCGUUGGGCCUCCUGGUUUUACAGCCCUAGCUAUCAUUGGUAUGAGCAACGCACUCCCGGACAACUACGGUUAUCUCGCGGCGCAUGCCGGAGCCGCAACAGCACUGAGAGCGUUUGCCUUAUUCACAGCAGUCUUUAUCUGGAUGAUCGGGUUUUGGUGGUUCUGCAUCGCCCUUAUCAGUACAGUCCAGGGCUGUCGGAAGAUGCGAUUCACGCUCAACUGGUGGGCUAUGGUCUUCCCAAAUACUGGAUUCACUAUCAGCGUAAUUGAUAUAGGGAAUCAAUUGGAAAGUCAGGGCAUCCAGUGGGUGGGGAGUAUCAUGAGCAUACUCAUCUUCAUCAUGUGGUUGUUUGUUAUCUGUUCUCACGCAAAUGCUGUAAGAUCAGGGAGAAUCAUGAUGCACGGGCAAGAUGAAGACGUAGGAGAGGACUAG